AACAGUGAAGGAAGUAACCUGACAAGUUCAGGAGCUUUUUACUUUUGGUUGGACACACAUACGAGUUUAUUACUGUCGCUUUAAUGUAUGUGGUACUGUUCUCUGUUUUGACCUUCUUAUCGACGUGUAAUUGUGUGGCUGAGAAGGAUGAACAUCAGGACCAUUGUGCUUUUCUGAAGCAGUGGUUUGAAUCAUCAGUGUCAGUAGAACUCAGCAAAAAGGGUUUUCACAGGGAGGUGAUAACCACUGUUGAGCCCAAACCGGGUUCCCUCGGGGAUGUUAGAGUUUUGCUGGUUUACAGAUGGACGAGUGGUGUCUAUGUCGAUCCAUACCAGGUGGCAUCCCUGAGGGAUCAGAGUGACUGGCAGAUAUUACUGGAUUCAGGCAUUGACUUGGAGGCACCUGCGCACAAGACUUCAGGAUUUCUUACCUAUGUCUAUCCCUCUUAUAAUGGACUUACUUCCAGUCUCCUAAAAGUAACACUUCCAGUGCAUGGGCGCUACCACAAGCCUUCUUUGGUUGGGAAAACAUUUACAUCUCUUCACAUUGAACCUCCUGAGCUGCUUCUGUGGACUGCAAAAUGCAAACAGCUCAACAGAUUGGAGCCUCAUACUGUUGUGGCUGCUCCGUGCACAUUUGAAAAUUCAAGCUCCUGCUCAUGGGUUAAAAUCCAUCAUCGGCGUGAGGAACUUGGACCUUUGAGUUUCCAGCUUCCAGUUGGUGAUGGGUCCGUGGUGACUCCUGUGUGCGGGGCAACUCUGUUAGUCACAACAAUGUGCUGUGUGGCACUGACUAAACACAUGUGGAAACAUCGAAUCAUUUAAGGAGCAACAGACAUCAUAACAUCGUAAUAUAACAUGUUACCAGCUCAUAAUAUAAUUCUGUCUGAAAUCAGGAUUAUGAUGGUAUCACAUUGAAGACAGAGAAAUUAUGCUAUAUGUAUAGUUAUAUAUCCAAAUUAAAUGCUCUUUGUGAAACCAAUAGGACUUUUUUUUAUUGUUUUAGUUUGUUCUGUAAUUUUUUGCGCAAGUUAUUUUAAAAUCUUUUAUAAUCUAGGCAUAGAUGGAAGAACGUAGCCCGGGUGACCCAGGAAGAUGAUACUUGCAUUUUUUACCAAUUUGAGAAUACUUAAGGGAAACAUGCCCCUUUUUCAUGAGAUGAUACAUUUUUUGAGGUAUUAAAGAAUUGCCCAGGGUAUACUUUUGUCAAAAUCCCACAGAAAAGCUCUGUUUUUCAGUUAUAUUUCCCAGGGGUACCAUCCAGUGUUUUGGCCUGGACAAUGUCAGUGUCUGAAACCAACCCCUAGUCACGAUAUAGUCCACUACAUCCCACUGUCAUUUGUUAUGGAGCCCAGACAUUUAUUAAGAAUGUUAAUCCCUAUAUAACACAUUUGUUUCUCCCAAAAUGCAUUGUGAAAAGUAGUGUAUAACCAAUGGUCACUAAUUAAGUAUCCAUACAGUUAUGUAUUCCACUCAAUUAAAAGAAAUGUGAAAAAAGACGCAAAUGGACAUGGACCAAAAUCAGCAAAAUAUGAGCUAUAAAUUUAAGUACAUAGCCAUUGAACUCUGAAUUGUAGGCUAAAGUUUAUUUCAUUGUAAUUGAAAUUCUUAUGGUUUGUUAAUAACACUGGGGUGUCCAAUUAAAUCUGUAUCUAAUAGCUAUAUGAUAAUUCACUUACACACUGAAGUUUGCUGCUUAUGGUGUCUAAACCAGACCGGUAGAUUACAAAGUUUCCCCAGGAGAGGGAGUCCUCUGCCUGACAGUUAAUUAUUCAAUCUAAAUUAAGUCAAGUUAAUAAAGUUUAUUUCUGUUGUAAGACAUCAUUUUAGCAUAAUGGUUUAGCUUACUGGCCCUGCGAUAGACCUGUCCAGGGUGAACCCCUGCCUCUCGCUCCAGCAGACCCCUGUGACCCUGCAAAGGAUAAAGCAGGAACAGAAAAUGGAUGGAUGGAUGGUUUAGCUUACUAUCUUACUACAUCUUGCUAGUACACCAGCAGCUCACCCCAGUUGUCUCUGCACCAUAAUUCCACUUCCUUGAAUCAAACUAAUUUGAACAAUUGCUAGACUAAAAGUGCAAAUUUGGAAAAAUUACUAUCCUGCAGGGAGAAAAUGAUAUCUCAUAUGUUUUUGAUGUUGACUUUUAUUUAACUGUUAGUACAAACAACAUUAGUAUGCUUUUCAUUUUAUUUGAGAAGAUGUCUAAACUAAUAAUAUUAUCUGCUAUAAAUAGGCUAGACAGAAGUAAUACCGCAUUGAUCAGUUAUGUGUUAUCUCUGCGAUAACAAUGAACACUACUGACAAAAUAACCACAUUAGUGUCUGAAACUUAAUUCAACUGAUGAAUUUACUACAAAGUUCUCUACAUACAAGUCUGCAUAAUGGUUGUGGACCAUAGACCAGUGAACAAUACUGUAUAUUGACUAGGCUGAUUUCGGACACAGCUCUCUCUCUCUCAUUAGCAGCUGGUUUUAGGGGGGCGGAGUCAACCAUUACACCUAUUUCCAUCCCUCUUCUUCUUAUGUGCCUGUCUUGAAAUCAGUUUUACAGCUUGGCACUACACACUUCACAAAUAAAACUAAAACAACAGGAUAUGAAGUUCAGUAAAAACACAGAUGAUGUUGCUACAUGGUUCUAAUUAAAUUUGGUACUGUGAUCUCACAGUCCCCUGUAAAUCUGAGCUGUUCAGAUUUACAGUUAGAUCACAGAUUUGAACAUUUUCUAACCUCAGUGGUCCAAAACAAAUUAAAAGGUUGUUGUUUCUUUCGUUAUUAGUUUAU